AGUAGUCUUUCGAACGUCGAAUGAGGCGAAGACAAAGAAUUUUCUGCUAUUAGAUUUGUAGAGUAUAGUGCGCGAUUGUUGUUGUCGCGAAUGUAAGUCAGAUGCCGACGGCGACGUUUCGAAUCUUACGGCCUGGUGAUGAUGUGCAGUGUAAUGUGGCGGUUGCUGUGUAGGAGCAUGACACAUGGAUAUUUGUUGCAAUUUUUCUUGUUGCUGUUGAUGUUACUCCAGCGAACGCAUGCUUCCGGAAUAUUCGAACUCCAAGUUCUGGAAAUGUCUAAUCCGCGUAGCGAACUUUCGAACGGAGAAUGUUGCGGUGGCGGUACCCGGUCGCCUGUCACCAAUCGUUGUUCGGUUCCUUGUCAGACGUUUUUCAGACUUUGCUUAAAAGAAUACCAGAGUAACGUGACCAGCAACGGAUUGUGUUCCUUCGGGAAUACCUCCAGCCACGUCAUCGGGAAGGAUUCGUUUACCUUAACAGAUCCAGAUAGGGGAAAGCUGGUGUUGCCUUUUACAUUCCGUUGGACGAGAUCGUUUACCCUGAUACUUCAAGCUGUGGACCACAAUAAUUUCUCGUCACCCGUUAUAAACAAUAUAAUAGAAGAAGCUACGUAUUCCGGCAUCAUAGACCCGAGUCCGGAAUGGCAUACUCUUAAUCAUAGAGGUCCUCGCGCACGACUUACAUACAGGGUGCGUGUCAAAUGUGAUAACCAUUAUUAUAACUCAACGUGUACAAAAUUUUGUCGACCAAGAAACGAUUCUUUCGGUCAUUUUGUCUGUGAUCAAAACGGCGAAAAGCAGUGCAUCGAUGGAUGGAAAGGAACCACUUGCGAAAAAGCUGCCUGCAAACCAGGUUGUCAUCCAGUACAUGGAAAAUGUGAACAUCCCGGUGAUUGCAUAUGUCGACCUGGUUGGAGAGGAGAUUUUUGCGAUCAAUGCGAACCUUACCCGGGUUGUAAACACGGUUACUGCAACGGGUCAUCGUGGCAGUGCAUCUGCGAUACCAAUUGGGGCGGAAUUCUGUGCGAUCAAGAUUUGAAUUAUUGCGGUACGCACGAGCCUUGUUUGAAUGGGGGCACUUGCGAAAAUACGGCUCCCGAUAAUUACCUAUGUAGAUGCCCCGAAGGGUUUUCAGGUGCUAAUUGUGAAAUAGUCGACAACCCCUGCGCGCCGGCUCCCUGUCUUCACGGCGGUACCUGCAUAGAAGCCGGAGGCUCUUUUAGUUGCGAAUGCGGAAAUGGAUGGACUGGACCGACUUGUAAUAUCGAUUUCGACGAAUGUUCGUCGGCGCCAUGUCAAAAUGGCGGAACUUGCGUAAAUUUGGAAAAUUCGUUCAUGUGCAAUUGCUCCAGCGCUUGGGAAGGAAACGUUUGCCAAUUUGAUUCCGACGAAUGUCUCAAUUCUCCUUGCAUUAAUGCCAUUUCGUGUACAAAUCUGGUAGGCGAUUAUCAUUGCAAAUGCAGAGAAGGUUGGAUGGGAAAAAAUUGCGAUCAGAACAUCAACGAUUGCUUCGGACAAUGUCAACAUGGCGCAACUUGCAUCGAUUUAGUCAAUGACUACCAUUGCGCUUGUAAACCCGGCUUUACAGGAAGAGACUGCCAUACCGAUAUAGACGAUUGCGAAUCGAAUCCUUGCAAAAAUGGCGGCGAGUGUGUCGAUCAAGUGAACGGAUAUAAAUGUAUUUGUCCUGUGGGAAUCACCGGACAUGAAUGCGAGAACGAUUACGAUCAUUGUAAUCCUGAUCCUUGUCAAAACGGCGCUCCCUGCUUUAAAACGCAAUCCGAUUAUUAUUGUCACUGUCCGGAAGGAUGGCAAGGAAAAAACUGCAGUCAAGCGAAGGUGGUUUGUGAUAAUACUUCGUGCGAUGAGGGUGUGGAUAGUUGUGUGAUGAUGUCGGAAAGCGGAAAUAGAAUCACUGCACCGAGUAUAUGCGGCGAACACGGACAUUGUAUUAAUCAAGCCGGAGUAGGAUACAAAUGUCAAUGUCAACCGGGGUACACAGGAAAAUAUUGUCACGAAAAUAUUAAUGAUUGUAAAAUCAACCCUUGUGAGAACGGGGGAACGUGCGUUGACAAAAUUAACGCUUUUCAAUGUAUAUGCAUCGAAGGAUGGGAAGGAGCUUUAUGUAAUAUCAACACGGACGAUUGUUCCCCGAAUCCUUGUCGAAAUAACGGAACCUGCAUAGAUGGCGUCGCAGACUUCGAAUGCGAUUGCAAAGACGGUUGGAAAGGUAAAACGUGUUCGUUAAAAGACGGCCAUUGCGAUCACGCGACUUGCAAAAACGGCGGAACUUGUCAAGAUUUAGGAAGCACUUUCAUAUGCAGAUGUCCUCCGGAUUGGGAAGGUACAACGUGUCACAUUGCCAAACAAACGGCUUGCCGUUCGAACCCCUGCCUGAACGGCGGUACUUGCGUGAAUAACGGCGAUUAUUACCAGUGCAUAUGCAAAGACGGUUUCCAAGGGAAUCUCUGCCAAGAAGACGUCAAUGAUUGCAACCCCCAACCGUGUUACAACGGGGGAAAAUGUAUAGACGGUGUCAAUUGGUUUUUGUGCGAAUGCGCGCCGGGAUUCACGGGACCCGAUUGUAGAAUCAACGUUAACGAAUGUUCUUCGAAUCCGUGCGGUUAUGGUGGUACCUGCAUCGACGAUAUUGGAGAUUUUAAAUGUAUUUGUCCGACGGGAAGAAAAGGAAAACGAUGUAAUGUCAAAGAUCCAGCUCAUCUCCCAGCUACAGGUAGCUGCCCGUGGAACAGUCACACUUUGGAAAACAACGUAACGUGGCAACACGAAUGCAACACGUGCAUGUGCACCAACGGCAUCGUAAAAUGCACCAGAGUAUGGUGCGGACUCGGAAAUUGUCGCAACUCCAAUCAAAACGUUUGCAACUUGAGUCAAGUGUGCGUUCCGUCCGCUUCGGAAUCUUGUCUAUCACCACCAUGUUCACCGUACGGGGAAUGUAGAGAAUUGGAAAGCGGAAGAAGCGUCAAACCGCCUUCAUUACCGACCCCCAGCACUUGUUGGCCGAACCAAGCGGUACUGAGCAAUACGUGCGCUAGACUAACCCUUUUACUAGAUAAGGGUAAAUUACCUCAAGGGACUACGGUCGAAGGACUAUGCGGCGAUUUGAGGAGACUGCUAGCGAACCAACAAGCCAUAGAAGGACUCCAAGAUACUUUGGUGUUGCUGUGCGAUUUGAAAAUCGGUUAUAACGAUACGGUGGAAGUCACUUUGUCCGGUGAUCGAUGGGUAUUGGACGGUAUACGAGUGGUAGGCGAAGCUAUAUCUCGGAAACAAACCAGUCUACUUGGUCUAGCUUCGAUCGUAGAAGUGAAAGUCGAAACCGCUCUCGUAUCCGGCGAACAACAGACCAAUACUUACCUUAUAGCUUUGGUUUGUUUCAUAAUCAUCCUCUUGGUCACCGCUGGAGUGGCGGUUACUUUGUACCUCAGACAGCGCAGAAGAAAUUUGGGACUCAGCGGUGUGAAUCUUUCACCAUCCACGGACGCUUGUCACAGGAAUCACGAAGACGAAAAAUCCAAUAAUCUUCAGAACGAAGAAAAUUUAAGAAGAUACGCAAAUCCUUUAAAAGACGACGUCGGUAGCUUAGCCAGCAUCAAUUCUAUGGAUAUGCCGAGAGUGAGUGUAGUACGGCCGAUGUCCAGUAUCCUCCCUCAUGACAGUUCGAGCGAAAUGCUCGAAAUGAUAUCGGAAAUCGAUUGUCCGGGCUCGAGGAAAACUAUGUUGGUAUUACCGAGCACCAGCGCUUCCGACGGCGCACUUAAACUCCACGACACCGUUAAAGGUAACGAAGGACUCAAUAGCGCCCAUCGUAGCAGCCAGAUUAUGCUGUACAAAGCGCAAAAUCCGGACGUUCGGAAAAAUACGGCCGCGUUCGACGAUUCUUCGGCGCACAAGGAUUUUAGUAAAAGUAUUAUCAAUGUGAAUAAACAGAGGACUUCGCAACAGCAACAGAGUACUAGUGCGGACGUUUUGACGGUACUUGUUUGAGGGCAAGUGUUUUUUUCAUUUUAAUAUUUUUAUGUUAAAAGGUCCUGAACUGCAAUUUAUUAAGAUAUGUGUGGAUGUCUUAACUUAUUUGUAGGUUAAUUAAUUCCUAUAAGUUUUGUUGUCGAUAUAUACAGUGCGGAACAAAAAACAAAGGAUUUUCAACUAAUGCAAGUAAUCAUUAAAAACGCUGUUAUUUAUUUCAUAUACAUUCUCAGUACUUAACGAACAAAUGAAGUAGUAGAAAAUUUUUUUACAAUUUUUUUUUAUACGACAAAUGUCACAUUUCGUAGGAUUGAAUCUUGAAAUUACAUUAUAAUUUUCGUUAUUUUCUAAUAUUCACUUAUCACUCUUAAUUACAAAACCAAAACAAAAAUAUUUUUUAGGUUAUAUGAGUUUAUGUUGUGUCCCUGUCUGGAUAUUAUGAAUAUCAUUAACUAUUACAUAAAUUCAAAUCUAGGGGCUAAUAAAUAUGAACUUUUGACAUCAUUUUGUUGAGACUUGGGGCAGUAGAAGCUUCUCUAGAUCUAACUCCAAAUUUUCUCAGGAUAUUUAUCACGUUUUAUCAAAAAACAAGAACAUAUCGAACCUCAGAUGGCCUAUUAUGUUGUCCAGCUUCUUUAUAUGUAACUACUGUGAAUUUUGACAAGUUAAACUUACUGUAUAUUGUAUUUUGGUAAGUCUUAGGGCAGUAGAAGCUUCUCUACGUCUAAUUCCAAAUUUUCUCAGUAUAUUUAUCAUGUUUUGUCAAAAAACAAGUACAUUUCAAACCUCAGAUAGCCUAUUCUGUUGCCCAGCUUAUUUAUAUGUAAUUACUGUGAAUUUUGACAAGUUAAACUUACUUUAUAUUGCAUUUUGGUGUAUCUUGGGGCAGUAGAAGCUUCUCUAGGUCUAACUCCAAAUUUUCUCAGGAUAUUUAUCACGUUUUGUCAAGAAACAAGUACAUUUCGAACCUCAGAUGGCCUAUUAUGUUGCCCAGCUUCUUUAUAUGUAACUACUAUGAAGUUUGACAAGUUAAACUUACUGUAUAUUGCAUUUUGGUGUGUCUUGGGGCAGUAGAAGCUUCUCUAGAUCUAACUCCAAAUUUUCUCAGGAUAUUUAUCACGUUUUAUCAAAAAACAAGUACAUUUCGAGUCUCAGAUAGCCAAUUAUAUUGCCCAGUCUUCUUAUAAGUAACUACUGUGAAUGUUGACAUGUUAAACUUACUGUGUGGUGUACCUUAGUGAACCCUGGGGCAGUAUGAGCCCCUCUAAGGUCUAACUCUAAAUUAUCUCAGGAUAUUAAUCACGUUUAAUGAAGAAACUAAUACAUUUCGAGUCUUAGAUAGCCAAUUAUAUUGCCCAGUCUUCUUAUAAGUAACUACUAUGAAUGUUAAUAUUUUAAACUUACUGUAUAUUUCAGUCUGGUGAGUUUUGGGGCAGUAGGAGCUCCUCUAGGUCUAAUUCUGAACUAUCUCAGGAUAUUUAUCACGUUUUGUGAAGAAACAAGUACGUUUUUAGUCUCGAUAGCACAGUAAAUGUCGAUUUACUUUGUACCUCUGACUCUGUUCAUCUUCGAUAAGGGAAAUUAUUCUUACCACUUUAUUUAUGGUUAAAUUCUAAUUAGUAUUAACGGAAACGUUGUAUAUUCAGAUUUGUACGCUAUAAUUGUAAUUAAACGCAAAUUGAAUACUUGGAGAUGAAGGAUCAAGUCGAAUGCUAUCGAGGUUUCUGUAAUUUUAUAGGUAAUGCAAUAUUUUUUUCAUGGAGUUUAUAUAAUUGUAAAUAUUAAUAUAUAUAUACUUGAUGAGUUGGAUAAUUAGUGAUUUUAUAAUAAACUUUAAUGGUAAAUAAUCUAUAAAGAACUCUAAAUGAAGUGAUAUGUGGAGAAAUUGAUCUCGUGAUGAUUAAAACCUGGUGACACAAAUAAUUAAGUUUUUAAUAGUGUGAUAUUAUUUAAUAUUUUUGAUUUUGUUUUUAUCAAUACGGUAUGAGACAAAAGUAGCUAUAGAAUAUUUGGUUUUUCUAUCUUCUUUUUUUUUUUUUCUCUUUUUUAUUAUUUUCUUCCGAAUAAUAUUUUUUAUUUUAUUUGUGCAAUAAUCAACUUCGAUCCUGUCAAAUCUAUAUCCAUACAUUUAUUCGAAAAUAAAUAACGUGUCAAAUUCCCUAAUUUAUUUUUUUAAUUACCUAUUUAGUAAAAUUUCACGUAUUAAUAACUUUUUAAUUUAAAUCUGGCAACCAUGUAUGCUUAAGUGAGAAUACGUUAUCUUUUAUCUCUUGAAAAUAUGUCUAGAACAAUAACUGUCGUCGUAUUUCAUAAAAUUUUAUCAAAAUUGUGUAUAAUAAAAAUUUCUAUACUAUUUCGCAUAAACAAAAAAAUUUAUUUGUGCUAAUGGAAUAUUUUAAUAAUCGUUUUAAUAUUGGUUACACCAUGGAAUUAAAAGCGAAGGAAGGAUAGCAGCCAUUUAUACACAUUGACAGCAACUGCGACGGAAAUAGCCAUUUUGUUAGAGAGCGCGUGAUGGUUUAGGAUCAAUUAGACUUAAAUGUUAAAAAAUAAUUAAUAAUAAUAAGAAUAAUUAAUAAUUUAACAACAAAAUCUGAUACUAUAGGAAAUAAUUCCAUUUGAAAACCAUAAUAAUCUUUUAUUAGAAAGAGUUCCUUUUAUGUAAUUCAUUACAAAUAAAUUUUCUUUGUUCCUAAUGGCAAUGCUUUACGUGUUUUAAAAUCUAAUUUAGUAUCAAAAGAGACCUAAAAUGAAGAGUUAGCAACAAAAACUUAUAAAAGAAUAUAAAAAAUAAAAAACUAGAAAAAUUCACAAAAAAUAAUUUUUAUACACGCCUAUGGUAAACCGGAUAUUGCCGUCCGCCAUAUGCAAUGACGUCAAACUUUUGUUUAUUGCUCGUUCCUUUCAUUUUUAAUUCAAUUAGUUGAACGAAUUGUCGUAAUUUGUGUAUGAAUAAAGAUUUUACAUGGAUUGGAAUGAAAAUUGAAGAUAUUUUACCAAAAAAAAAUAUACUUUUAUCUCAUCUUGUAUGGCUUGUUAGAAGUUUUCAAAUUAUUUUUAUUUAAAAUAAAAGUUCUGUAUAUCAGAAUAAAUAAUUGUAAAUAUAUUAAUAUUUUUGUUUUAUUUUUUUUGUAUUUAUUGUAUUAUUGUUCCUGAUUUUAUGAAGUGUGUAUUACAUAAGAUGUAUCUUUAAUUUUUUGUCGUUUCCUUUAUAAUUUAUUAUAAUUUUUUCUUACAGUUUUUUAAUGAUAAUUGAAUGGGCCUUAGAAAUAAAUCACUUUUAUGUAAAAUUUUCGAGAAAUAUAUUAUUAUUUGUAUUUUGUAAAUACUGUAAAUAGUCUCGUAACUUAUGUUAAAAGAUUGUUUUUGAAACUUUGACAUAACCUGGAGUAUUUUUUUCGAACCAUUUAUCGGUGUACCAAAAAACGAACACAUAAAAAAUUAUUAAAAACUAAAUGUGAAAUUUUUGAGAUUAUGCGUAAUAAAUCAAACUAUUAAUUUUGUUUCACCAUAACAGUUUUUUUAUUAAACUUUGCUUACCCAAAUGGGAUAACACAUUUAGUUUUGAUUUAUUUUGUUUAGAAAUACAAAUAUUUUUUUUAAUAAAAUGGCAGCUAAUAUACAUAAUUCAUCGAGUUUUUUGAUAGAAAAUUAUUAAAUACUCUAUAGAAAAUUGUUAUAUUGAAUUUUAAACUUUUGAAAACAAUCUUAUAGAAAACUUCAUUUUUCAAUCUUUAAGUGGAACAAGAAACAGUAUUUUUUUAUUAGUGCCUUUAUUUAGUGCCUAUAGGAAAAAGUUGUAAAUGAAGUUUUCGUCAUUUAUACUUUGAAAGUAUUAAAAUUGAAGUUACAGAUUUGUAUAUUUUGUAAAAUGAUUUGCAUUAUAUUUUAAUAAAAAUGGAAGAGCUUUUGUAAUAAAAAAUAAAUAAAUAAAUAAAUUGAGCUUUUAUCAUUUAUGAGAAAAAUAAAAUUGUUUCCUCAAA